ACCGCUCGAGAGCAGACGAUGCCGCGGAAUUUCGAGAAGAGAGAAAUCAGACGACUAAUUUAAAACUUUUUUAAGUGCUGACAAAUUAAUUUUAAUUGAUUCAUUUUCGAACCCAAUGGCCGGCCAAGGAUUUUUUUAUGUUUGUUACGCCUCAGUGGAAUGGAACUUUUUAUAAAUGUGUUAUUUAUUUCAAAAUAAGUGUUCAGAAUUCCAUUUGUUGCACAGUGCGUGGAUUUUGAUGCUUUUUAUUCCAGCGAGUUGGAUUGUUUAAGCUGAAUCGACUUUUAAAUUUUCGAUGCGUGCCAGCGGAUGCGUAAGGAGACAUUUGUCUCCAUGGUUACUUGUUGAUGCCACAUGUUAAUAUUCAGGUUUCUUCAAAUUACUUCCCUAGCGCACCUGUGUAGUAUAUUCUUCGAAAUGGUAUCGUGUCACAGUCUGCCUAUCGAUUUGGAGAGGGAUGGCCGGACGAUACUAGAGGACUCGAAACACAUUCGAAGGACCUAUAAACUGUAUAACCAAUGCAGCGGUAACCACAUACAGAUCUUCGGCACCACGGUGGACGCCAAGGGUCAUUCCAAUAGUUCUAAUGCCAAGUUGAGCUUCAUCCUCGCAAAAGUCAGGCAUGCACCAGAUGCCAUGAACAUAAUGGGGGAAAAAUCGGGCCGUUAUCUAUGUUUCAACAAAAGAGGAAAAUUAAUAACUAGGUUCAACGGCAGAAAAAAGCUGUGUCUCUUCAAAGAAGGCUUCGGCUUCGGGGAAGAGCACAACACAGUCCUACAAUCCAUCUACGACCCCACGUGGUACGUGGGCUUCAACAAGAAGGGCAGACCACUGAAAGGCAGCCUCCAUUCCAAAGCGAAACUGCGAGAUUGCUUCCUGUUCGUCAAGCGAGAUCAUUCCUACAGCUUGCUGGAAACCCAGCAUCCUGGUCCCAAAAUCAAAAACCCGUCAAAGACGCUGAAGGACUUGCUGACGGGGCGCAGAAGUAUUCGGCCCAGAAGAGUGGUGCCCCGAACGCCGACUAGGUGAACUGAUUGAUAGCAAGUGCGUCCACUUGGCUAUUUAUUAGAGCUGCAGUUUUAUUUGUGUAUAGGACGUUUUCUGUCUUGGAAUGCACCCAAUGCUGUUUUUUCCACGUUUGUUUGAACUAACUGGUACAUGCUGCACGUCAUGGA